GUGGAAAACAAGAAAGGGAUUUGGGGAAGGUGCUGGCGGCUCGGCGAUCUGUUAUUUUCCGUGCUCGUGAGAUGGAAUAGCGGAGCCUCCUGAUUUCAGAGCACGGGAUUUAAAUCCCUCUGCGUGUCCGCCUCCAGAAAUGAUUCCCAUCACAGAUUUUCUAAGAGUGGAAUGGAAUAACCAUGAAUGGUGAUGCACCUAAUCAGGAUUCUUCCUCUCAGCUCCCUGACUGGAAGGAGUUCUGUGAGCUUCAUGCACAGGCUGCCGCUGCGGAUUUUGCCCAAAAGUUCUGCCAGUUUUUGAAAGAGAAUCCUCAUUACAAUGCCCCAGGAGCAGAAACAUCAUUCUCCCACCACUUUGCAGCCAAUUUUUUAGACUUCUUCAGUUUUGAGGUUAGCAGGGUAUAUGUAUCUGACUCUCCAUCAAAGUAUAACAUUGUACCUUUUGUAGGUCUUCAGAAUUGCCAGGUGCCUUUAGCUAGAAAUUUUGUACCAAGAAAAGAAGAAACAUCAACAGAAUCUUUGGACAGCAUGGACAAUCCUGUCACAAACAGAAGUCGGACUCAGGGCCGUGCUCACAAGGUCUCCUCUUAUGGCCAGUCACGCAGUUCUGAAGAUGUUUCAGUUCAUGGAAACCCCAAGACUAAGUUUAAGAAGGGCUUUUCUUUGAGGAACAUGAGUUUGUGUGUAGUAGACGGUAUGAAAGAAAUGUGGCACAGAAAGUCUUCUCCAGAACCAGGUUUGGAUAAUGGGCAGACGAGACGCUCAGAACGUGACCAGUGUACUCUUGGUAGUAAAGAACACGUUGAGCCACGCGAAAAGUGGACUCACAAAUUACGGCUGUCAAAAAUGCAGCCAUCGAAGAUUGAUGUAGUUGACAUUCAGAGAGAGGGAACGCUAAGGUACAUGGUGGCAGAUGACACAAACUGUGUUGGUAGCUCUCAAUGGCAGAAAUGCCGUUUGCUUUUGAGGAAAGCAGUCAAAAUGGAGGGAGAAAGAUUCCUGCUUGAGUUUUUUGUGCCUCCAAAGUCUUCAAAACCUAAAGUAAGCAUUCCUCUGUCUGCCAUUAUUGAGGUUCGGACAACAAUGCCAUUGGAGAUGCCAGACAAAGACAACACGUUUGUAUUAAAGGUAGAAAAUUCUGCAGAGUAUAUUUUAGAAACUAUUGACUCUCUUCAGAAGCACUCUUGGGUAGCUGAUAUCCAGGAUUGUAUAGACCCAGGAGACAGCGGAGAAGACAUAGAACUCUCAUCUUGUGGACAGGGUGCAUGUCUACCAGGCAGAGUAUCAUCGUGUAGCUGUGAGUUUCUGGCAGAUGGUGUAUACCGUCCCCUGGAAGCAGGAGGUCAUGAUAUUACUUCCACAUCUGCUGUCUCUCUUCCUCCACCUGCUUUACCUUCUCAGGGAAGAAACAGGGAACAGGCUUCUGCAGAUCAUCUUGUGCACAUUCCACUAGAGAAUUUUCUGCAGACCUUGGAAUCUCCACCUUCUAACCAUGCCGCAGGUGAAGAAGGUGACAAAGAAGUCAAUAUAAAUUUGUUAGAUUUCCCUUGGUUCCAUGGAACUUUAUCUCGUAUUAAAGCGGCUCAACUUGUGCUUUCUGGUGGAGCUCGGAGUCAUGGACUUUUUGUCAUUCGUCAAAGUGAAACACGUCCAGGGGAAUAUGUACUGACUUUUAACUUUGAAGGCAAAGCAAAGCAUCUGAGAUUAUCUCUCAAUGAAAAUGGCCAAUGCCAUGUGCAGCAUCUGUGGUUUCAAACCAUUUUCGACAUGCUGAAGCACUUUCACUCUCAUCCCAUACCCCUGGAAUCUGGCGGCUCUGCUGACAUUACUUUACGCAGCUAUGUUGUUGCUCAUUAUCCCUCAUCUGACUCUGCGCCUUCCUCAAACAUGGGAUUACAACAAGGCUGUAGGACCGAAAAUCAUUCUCAACACUACUUCUCAAGCUCUGGUGCGAGUAGUAUUCAACCAGGGGUUCCUCCUGAAAGUUUGGCUUCAUCCACACAUCCAGCAUAUCACAGAGUGGAAGGGACUCUUGGAGCUCAAAGCCGCAGUAACAGUGCAGAGCUCUUGUUAGAAUCCUCAAAUGGAAGCACAGAAGAUUACCAUGAAAGCGAUGGAUCUCGAAGCAGGACCAGAGCUGUAGAGAACCAGUAUUCUUUUUACUAAAUAACUCAGAUAUGAUUCACAGCACUGCAGCUGUGCCUGUUUUGAAUUCACAACCUAUGGUCUGCAUUUAAUACAACCAAGGUAUAUUGAGUUAGCUUCUGCAGUAGCCAGAAUUCACAUUUUUUACCUACCAAUGUACUUCUUUAUGAGGUGCCAUAAUUAUCAAAAUUGCCUGUUUAAUAAAACAUCCCUGAUAGUGACAUUUAUAAUACCCUGACCUGACGGCCACUCCACAUUCAUGAUC